GGUAUUGUAGUCCAAAAUACACAGUUCUUCUAGUCAGUUCUUUAAAACCUUGAAAAGCCCAAUACAUCUUGUGCGCAGAACCAGGCAGUGGCAGAUGCAAAAUUUCCUCGCAGGCGAUAUAGUCUACGAUCAACACACUCUCUGCUGCAGCUUGACACCCAGCUGUCUUAUACAAUCAGCUUCAGAAGCGUCAACAACGUGAAAGACGUGCAGACACCUCGCAGUCGCAGCGCGUUGCGAAGUUUCAAGAGCAACUGACCUGCCUUCAUCGAUCAAUGAAGUAAUGCGUGCGAGAAUCUGCAGGGCAGACUGGCGACGGAUCAUAACACAUCGCAGACUUGUAAACACGGGGUCCUUUUAAACACAAACGAAGUGUGUUUUCCUUGAAUGAGCGGCCCUUGGUAACCUGUGAAGGGCACACAUGGCCCACGGUGUAAACAACCACCAGAGCGCUCUGCCCGUGGCCCAGGCCGCCGUGCUGGCUCUGCCACCCUCCAGCCAAGCUAAGGACUUGAGGCCCAGAUGGACAGUGCUGGACUCCCUGCUGUGUGGGGCAUUUGCUGGAGCUGUAGCCAAAACAGUCAUUGCACCUCUGGAUCGGACCAAGAUCAUUUUCCAAGUGUCCUCCAAGAGAUUCUCAGCUAAGGAGGCUUUCAGGCUCAUCUACUGCACGUACAUGAAGGAGGGGCUGCUGGGUCUGUGGAGAGGGAACUCUGCCACCAUGGUGAGGGUCAUUCCCUACGCUGCCCUCCAGUUCUGCUCACAUGACCAGUACAAAAAACUGUUGGGGAGCUACUACGGCUACCAGGGCAAAGCUCUGCCUCCUUUCCCACGGUUCCUGGCUGGCUCUCUGGCCGGCACCACUGCUGCGAUGCUUACUUACCCUUUGGACAUGGCGCGAGCCAGGAUGGCAGUCACAGCCAGAGAAAUGUACAGCAACAUUAUGCAUGUCUUUGUGCGGAUCUCCCAAGAGGAGGGUGUCCGGACCCUUUACAGAGGCUUCACUCCCACUAUCAUGGGUGUCAUCCCAUAUGCAGGGAUCACAUUCUUCACAUAUGAGACCCUGAAGAAGCUACACACAGAAAAAACGAAGCGACCCCAGCCGUACCCCCAUGAGCGCUUGGCUUUUGGUGCCUGCGCAGGCCUGAUCGGACAAUCUGCCUCAUAUCCCCUGGACGUGGUACGUCGGCGCAUGCAGACAGCCGGCGUCACCGGCUCAUCUUACAGCACAAUUCUGGGGACCAUGCGUGAGAUUGUAACACAGGAGGGAGUCGUACGGGGACUGUACAAAGGCUUGAGUAUGAACUGGAUUAAAGGACCCAUUGCUGUGGGGAUGAGCCUCACCACAUUUGACAUCACGCACAGCUUUCUGCUCAAAUUGCAUCAGAUGGGCUACUCUGCUCACUGAAUCAUCGGGGAGCGACCAAAGGACAACAAAGAAGCACAGACUGACGAGAGGGAGAUGGUCACCUCUGUCACAUGGCAAUAAUAAUAAAAAAAAAAGUCUCUGCACUCAGUCGGUGCAGAGCCUUCCUGCUGCACACUCCCGUUCCCUUCAGACAGGAUGUCAGAGGAGGGGAUGAGUGGACAGGAGAUCUGUUAUGCACAAAGAAACACAGUUUCUCACACACUGCACUGAUUCGCUGACAGAGAGGGUGAAGAAGUGUCUUUAUAUCGUUCACACAAUCACAACUUUGUUUUGAAAUCACGUUGCCAUGGGGGUGGCUAAAGUGAUUGGCAGAGGGACUGUGGAUAAAGAAAAGUUUAGUUUUUCGUGUAUAAUGAGGAGCGUUUUGUGUUGUGUUGAUAAGAUCAUGCUUGCACUUUAUUAAACCUGCAACCUUCUUUCAAACUAAUCAUGUACUCUUUACUGAGAGAACUUGUUUUUAAUGAGUUUUAUUGCUUUUAUUUUGGAGGGAAAGUUUAUUUUUAUUUUAAUCGCAUAGUUUUUUUUUUUUUUUUUUGUCCGUUUUUUUUUUUUUUAAUCAUUUCAAAUGGCGUGAUCGUGCAGGGGUAUGAAUUGUGAUGAAAGGGUGAUUAUGCAAUAUGUUUUGUUUUCAUUUUCAAUGUUUUGAUGGUGUUAUGAUGAAUUGAGAUUGAUGGAGCGAAUGAUUGUAGGAGGGUGAUCAUGUCAGCUGGACUGCACAGUUUCAUUGUCCAUCCAGCACUGAGGAGGUGUGAUAUAGUAUUAAAAUGUCUAAUAAGAGGCUAAUCUAAUGUAUGAGAAAUAUAUAUAU